AGGAGACUCGCCGCACUUCUUGUGGACGAAGAAAUCGCAGAUUUUGCAAUAGUAGCCGUCACUGAUAGGUUCCAAGCGUCCACAGCAAUCACCUUUCCUCACAUCACUCCAUGGCAUCAUAAGGUGCUUGUGGAACAAGGGCAGUAA